UGCUCGUAAUGGCUAGCAGAGUUUCUGUAGUAUAUCUUUUCUCUGUGAUGUUUUUUAUGUUGACAUUGUUAUCUUUUGAUACUGAAGCAAAGGUGCAUUUUCACAAAUGGAAAGUAAAUUACCAGACAUGGGCUCCUGAUUGCGUGGAGGUGAACAUCAUCUCUAUAAAUGGACAAUACCCGGGCCCCACCAUCAGAGCCACAGAAGGGGACACCAUUGUUGUUGAGAUAGAGAACUUGAUGCCCACUGAAAACGUUGUUAUUCACUGGCAUGGAAUUCGCCAGAUUGGCACUCCCUGGAACGACGGGACUGCUUCAAUUUCGCAGUGUGCAAUCUACUCAGGCGAAACCUACGUGUAUAAGUUCGUUGUGGACAGGCCAGGAACGUACUUCUAUCAUGGUCAUUAUGGCUUACAGCGGUCGGCAGGGUUUUAUGGGUCACUGAUAGUGGAUGCGGCGGGCAAAGAACCCUUCACCUAUGAUGGAGAGCUGAGUAUCAUUUUAAACGACUGGUGGCACGAUAGCACUUAUGAGCAGGCCGUGGGCCUCUCUUCCAAUCCCUUCGUCUGGGUUGGGGAACCUCAGUCACUGCUGAUAGACGGACGAGGACAAUACAAUUGCUCCACAACUAGCCAUUCCUGUAAUGCUACAAAUAAGCAGUGCUCUCCUUAUGUCUUGCCAGUACGAUCUGGUAACACGUAUCGCCUCCGUAUUGCAAGCGUGGCAUCUCUUUCCGCCAUCAACUUUGUGAUCCAAGGACACAAGAUGAACGUCGUGGAGGCAGAUGGGCAUUACGUAGAGCCGGUGGAAAUAGACGACCUGGAUGUCUACUCUGGCGAAUCGUAUUCUGUUUUGAUAACGAAUCGAGAGCCUUCUCAAAACUAUUGGGCAGGUGUGAAUGUGAGAGGCAGGCAGCCCAAGACGCCAACUGGACUGGCCAUCCUCAACUAUCUUCCCAACCCAUCAACCAAGCUCCCAAUUGCACCAUAUCCCACAAGCCCAUUGUGGAAUGACUAUGCCUACAGUAAAGCUCUGGCUAUGAAAUUUGUGGCACUCAAAGGACACGAAGAGCUUCCCCCACUUCAGUCCCACAGGCAACUGAUUCUUCUCAACGCACAGAACAAGAUCAACGGGUACAUAAAGUGGGCAAUCAACAACAUUUCACUGCUGCCUCCUCUGACUCCCUACUUGGCCGCCAUGAAAUACAAAAUCAAGGGCGCCUACGACAUAACCCCACCUCCAGACAUCUACAGUCCCCGUGACUACAACAUCACCAUUCCUCCCCCAAAUCCCAACACUGUCGAAGGGAGUGGCGUGUACGUCUUUACAUUGAAUUCUGUUGUUGAUGUCAUUCUGCAGAACGCAAAUACUCUAACUGCCAACAAUUCAGAGAUCCAUCCAUGGCAUUUGCAUGGCCACGAUUUUUGGAUUCUUGGAUAUGGAGAUUGUGUGUUCGACCCAGCAAAGGAUCCUUUGAACUACAAUACGGUAAAUCCUCCAUUGCGGAACACAGUGGCAGUGUUUCCAUAUGGAUGGACAGCCAUUCGAUUUAAAGCAGAUAAUCCAGGAGUAUGGGCUUUCCACUGCCAUUUGGAGGCACACUUUUUCAUGGGGAUGGGAGUGGUGUUUGCAGAGGGAGUAGAGAAAGUUGGAAAGUUGCCCAAUGUAGCCAUGGGAUGUGGUCUCACCAAGAAUAUGAUUGACAUGCACCACUGAUCUCUUUGUUUGAGAUAACCAAUUUUUGUAAGAUGAUGCUUUUAUAAAUUAUCAAGCUCAUCAUCCAUUCACCUUAGCACUAUACUAGAUAAACCCUUCUAAUAUUGGAAUAUAUAAACUAACACCGGCACAUCUACUUAUAGACUGUAGCUACUAGCUAGUUCAUGCAAGUGUGGCAAUUAAUGAGACUUGAGAGUUGAGACUUGAGAGAAGUGACGGUGCCCAAAUAGUAAAUACCAUAAAUUGCAUGAUCGAGCCAAGGUUUUGUAUAAUUGCAUUAAUGCAUUCUAUCUUUGAGGUAAUCCAGUGAAUUGAGCUCUGCAACAAUGUUGGAGAAUUCAGAAUGUUGGGUGUGAGAAAAUUUCAGAAAAUUGGUUAAGUUUUUCUCAUGCAGCUAAAAUGAGCUAGGCGACGAGUGGUACUGGAGGUUCCAAGCCCAAUCCCAAGCCCAAGCCCAAGGCCAUGACAAGUGGAGCAGGAGAACCUAGAGGUUCCAAGGCCAGUGCCACUGAGGAAACGAUGGUUAAGAAAUACAAAGAAGAAUUUGUAGAUUUGAUGCUAGGGACUUCCAUUGCUUUGAAUACAAAUCAUUUGGCAUGGAGAGAUUUAUUUAGCCAAUGCAGAAACCCUACCACGCCUAAUAUGACUGGUUAUGCUCUAUUUAAGUAUUUCUGGAAUAAUAGGG